AUGCUCGAAACUCCUGAAAAUACAGCAAUCAAGAACAAUAACAAAAAGACAAGAAAACUAGCUAUCAAUAGUCGAGCUCAAGUUGUUACUAAAGAUUUAUUCGGUACCUGCAUUGGAAUAAGCGAUUCAGAAAAUAUUGAAGUCAACAUGUAUACUAGAGGUGCAAAAUUUUUGCUUUACCAGAUGGACGAUUCAUGCGUAAGCAAUCAGAAGACCGAAAGUUUUUGCAAAGUGUGUGGAGAUAAGGCUUCUGGUAAACAUUAUGGUGUAGCUAGCUGUGAUGGAUGUAGAGGAUUCUUCAAAAGAAGCAUUCGAAGAAAUCUGGAAUAUGUUUGUAAAGAAAAUGGGAACUGCAUAGUCGAUGUGACUAGAAGGAAUCAAUGUCAAGCGUGCAGAUUUAAGAAAUGUCUUCAAGUAAACAUGAAGAGAGAUGGUAUUUCAAAUUCACCUUAUACUAUGCAGAAACAACAAAGUAAUAUGGCAAAUCCAACCUCCUCACCUCGGUCUCCACGCAGUAUCAUUAAAGAUGAUGAAGUAUCCAGUUCGGAAGAAAUUGCUCAAAAUAAAUCAUCAGAAGAAGAAUCAAUCCAUGAAGAAUCAUCUUCGCGUCUAGAAUUACCAAUCGACCCUUGCAGACCUACCUCCGUUAUAAGGCAUUUAGAAGUGCCGUAUUUGAACCUUUUUCCUGCUGAAAACGUUUACGAAUCAGCAGCAAAAUUGCUAUUUUUAGCUAUCAAAUGGGCGAGAACAAUACCAUCAUUUCUACAGUUAUCAUACAGGGACCAAUCUAUUCUCCUAGAAGAAAGUUGGAAUGAACUGUUUGUGCUGACAGCUGCACAAUGGGCAUUUCCUGUAGACGAAGAAAGCAGAGGUCUGUGUGAACCAACUCACGUUGAACUUCUUCAAGACCAAACUCAUGUCAUGCUACACGAAUAUUGCUCUCAGAAACAAAACAUCCACAAAGGAAGAUUUGGCAAGUUGCUGCUCACUCUUCCAGCUGUUCAGUCUGUUUCUAGGAGAGGACUGGAGGAACUUCUUUUUAGACAAACAGUGGGAGAUGUGGCCAUAGAUAGACUCUUGGGAGAUUUAGCGAAAGCUGCUGGAUAA